AUGGGUGGCUGCAUUCCUUUUCUGAAGGCAGCAAGGACACUGUGCCCCAGAAUCAUGCCCCCUUUGCUGUUGUUGUCCGCCUUCAUUUUUUUAGUGAACGUCCUAGGAGGAGCCCCAGGACACAACCGGGACCGCAGGACCAAGAUGAUCUCAAUACACAGCCUCUCCGAGCUGGAGCGUCUGAAGCUGCAAGAGACUGCUUACCACGAACUCGUGGCCAGGCAUUUCCUCUCUGAAUUCAAACCUGAAAGAGCUCUACCUAUUGAUCGUCCAAACACCUUGGAGAAGUGGUUUCUGAUUCUGAGAGGACAAGAGAGGGCGGUAUCACUCAAGACGUUUGGCGUUCGUCUGGAAGAGGUGCUGGUGAACGAACUUACCCGCCGUAAGCAACUUGAACUGAGAGCCGCGAUGCAGAUUGAAGAAGCCACUGGUCAGGCUGCGGGCCGUCGUCGGGGAAACGUGGUGCAAAGGCUGUUUGGCCGCAUCAGGCGCUUUUUCAGUCGCAGAAGGGAUGAGCCUUCUUUGCCCCGGGAGUUUACUCGCCGUGGGCGUCGAGGUGCAGUCUCUGUCGAUAGUCUGGCUGAACUGGAGGAUGGGGCCCUGCUGUUGCAAACCCUGCAACUUUCCAAGAUUUCCUUUCCAAUUGGCCAACGGCUUCUGGGAUCCAAAAGGAAAAUGAGCCUCAAUCCGAUUGCUAAGCAAAUCCCCCAGAUUGUUGAGGCUUGCUGCAGCUUCAUUGAGAAACAUGGCUUAAGCACAGUGGGGAUUUUCACCCUGGAAUAUUCUGAGCAGAGAGUGAGUGAGCUCCGUGAAGAAUUUGAUCAAGGUCUGGAUGUGGUGCUGGAUGACUCUCAGAAUGUGCAUGAUGUGGCUGCACUCCUCAAGGAGUUUUUCCGUGACAUGAAGGACUCUCUGCUGCCAGAUGAUCUGUACAUGUCCUUCCUCCUGACAGCAACUCUGAAGCCACAGGAUCAGCUUUCUGCCCUGCAAUUGCUGGUUUACCUGAUGCCACCUUGCCACAGUGACACCCUGGAGCGUCUGCUGAAGGCCCUGCAUAAGAUCACUGAGAACUGCGAGGACUCCAUUGGCACUGAUGGACAGUUGGUUUCAGGCAAUCGUAUGACUUCUACCAAUUUGGCUUUGGUGUUUGGAUCUGCUCUCUUGAAGAGGGGGACAUCUGCCAAGAGGGAGUGCAGGAAAACAAGACUGGGGAUUGACCACUAUGUAGCUUCUGUCAAUGUGGUCCGUGCCAUGAUUGAUAACUGGGAUGUCCUCUUCCAGGUGCCUCCCCAUAUUCAGAGGCAGGUUGCUAAGCGUGUGUGGAAAUCCAGUCCUGAAGCCCUUGAUUUUAUCAGACGUAGGAAUUUGAGGAAGAUCCAGAGUGCACGGAUAAAGAUGGAAGAGGAUGCUUUACUUUCUGAUCCAGUGGAAAACUCUGCUGAAGCCCGGGCUGCUGUCCUUGGCCAAAGCAAGCCCUUUGAUGAAGGUUCCUCUGAGGAGCCAGCUGUGCCUCCCGGCACUGCCCGUUCCCAUGACGAUGAGGAAGGAGCGGGUAACCCUCCCAUUCCGGAGCAAGACCGCCCAUUGCUCCGUGUGCCCCGGGAGAAGGAGGCCAAAACUGGCAUCGGCUACUUCUUUCCUUAGAUGUUUUUCCUCCUAUAUGGUGCCGGACAGGGGAAAAGGGUGGGGGUAGACCUGGGAUGUCACAGGAAACAUUAAGACUCUUGAAGGUAAAGAUCUGAGAGUAAGAAGGAGUUCCACCUGAUGCUCGGGUCAGGCUGAGAAUUCCAAACAUACUGCCAGCCCCUUUAUUGGGGAUGCUUGGUCCCUUCAGCUGGUAAAAGCAGAGAUGUUUCUGUGUCAUGCUCAGGCGCCCUGGUGCUACCUUGCCUCUCUCUUUUAUCCCUGAUCCUGGCUUUCCCUUACUACAGCCGUUCCUUUAAUUGAUGUGACAUUUGUGGUAAACACCUGUCCUAGAGAAGUUCACAAAUCCUGAGGUGCUUUCCCUCCCCCAAAGGGGAUUGCAUGCUUUCCUGACUUUCCUACCCUCCUCCUAAGAGCUCAACUGGAAAGGCCCUCAAGAGGCAUGCUAGGACGUUAGGUCAGCAUACUGACAGCUGACAAUUAAUGCUAAACCAUGUCACACCAACUCAUAGCCGUGUCCCUGAAGCCACUACACUGCCUCAGGAUAAUUUUUUUCAAAUUAUUUAGACCAAUGGCUCAUUAAACAGCCACUCCCCAAAUCCUGAGAAACUCAACUAGCUUUUCUGGGGUCAAAAGUUAGAGGAAAAAUUUGAUUUUAUUACCUAGAUCUGUUUUACAGACAGCUGGCAGGCACAUCCCGUUGUCAGCAAAACAGCUAGUUAGGUAUAAACACAUAGUUCCAAGUAGUAAAAGUCACCUGAUUACAAAUGUUCUUAAAUAUCUUCUCUGUAGUUCCCCUAUGCAGGAUGGUACAAAUUUGCGGGACAUGCUCUGGUAACACACAGAUAUGGGUUAUGUAUGACAUCCAAAAUUAUAGCUGUUAUUGAGGGGUAACAACUGCUAAGGUCCAUAGAAUGAAGAAUGUAUUGUAUUGAGGGAUAGAAAUUGAUUACAUAAUGGGUAACAACCGCAGAGCUCGAAGAUUUGUGAUUGUUAAAACUUCUCUGGCAUUUAAUCAUUAAUAAACAUCUGUAUUGUGA